AUUAGACUUGUAAGCGAAAUCAAUACAGAAUGUGACUAAACAUCAGAGCUCAAGCGAAACCCAACUCGACUCUGAUUUGGGAUUAAUUUCUAGGUCAUCAUCUUCUCUCCGAUUUCCGGACACCUCUAUCUGCUGCGCGCGCACGUCAAUCUGAUCUUUUGUGAGAGCGGCGACGCGCGUGCUGCUGGACAGAAGAACGCGAGCGCGCGAGACAACAGCAGGCACGAGCCACGGUCGCUUUAUUCCGAAUCUCACGAGCAAAACAUUAUAAUCGGACCAUUGUGUGUAUAGGAGGAUUUGUUUCUCUGUCAGCAUGUGUACCCCGUGUUGUGUGUCUCAGCUGGCCUGCUGCUGUGGAUCGGCGGCCUGCUCGCUGUGCUGCGGUUGCUGUCCCAAGAUCAAACAGUCCACCUCCACACGCUUCAUGUACGCCCUCUUCUUCAUGCUGGUCACGGUGACCUGUGUCAUCAUGAUGUCCCCCACCGUGGAGAUAGCAAUGCGAGAACAUAUUCCUUUCUACACACAAAUGUGUCAGCAGCUCAACGCUGGAGAGAACUGCAGUACCCUAGUGGGCUAUUCAGCCGUCUAUAAAGUCUGUUUCGGCAUGGCCUGUUUUUUCUUCUUCUUCGCUGUCUUCACCAUUCGUGUGCAGAACAGCACAGGAUGCCGGGCAGCUGUUCACAAUGGGUUCUGGUUCUUUAAGUUUGUGGCUCUGCUGGCUUGUUGUGCAGGCGGAUUCUUUCUCCCCAAUCAAGACCAGUUUCUUGAAGUCUGGCGUUACGUAGGAGCAGCUGGAGGUUUUCUCUUCAUCAUCAUCCAGUUGAUGCUUCUCGUUCAGUUUGCCCACAGAUGGAACCAAAACUGGAGCUCAGGAGCCACAUAUAAUAAACUGUGGUAUGCGGCGCUGGCUUUGGUCACGCUGGUGCUGUUCUCGGUGGCAGUGGGUGGCAUGGUGUUCAUGUUCAUGUACUACACUCAUCCAGAGGCCUGCUUUCUCAACAAGAUCUUCCUGGGGGUGAACGGUGGCCUGUGCUUCAUCGUGUCUCUGCUGGCCAUCUCGCCCUGCAUUCAGACCUUCCAGCCCACCUCCGGUCUUCUGCAGCCUGCUGUCAUCACCCUUUACGUCAUGUACCUCACCUUCUCCGCUCUGGCCAGUAAACCCAUUGAAAUGGUGGAGGACGAAAUCAAGGGCAACAUCACUGUCUGCGUCUUUCCUUUCAAGUCAGGACUGAAGAGCGACACUAACAUAGUGACCGGUGUGGGGACGGCCAUACUCUUCUGCUGUAUUCUCUAUUCUUGUUUGAUCUCCACCACCAAGAGGAGCUCAGCAGCCUUGCAAGUGUACAGGAACGAUAUGCCUGAAAAUGAGAGAGCACGCUGCUGCUUCUGCUGGGUUGAUGAUACAGAGGAUUAUGAUGAUGAGAAGACCUCAGGAGGGCAGAACGUGAAGUAUGAUGAGAGAGACGGCACAGUCUACAGCUACUGCUUCUUUCACUUCGUUUUCUUUCUCGGCUCCCUGUACGUCAUGAUGACUGUGACCAAUUGGUUUCAUUAUGACAACGCAAAGAUCGAGAGGCUUCUGGAGGGAAGCUGGUCUGUGUUCUGGAUCAAGAUGGCCUCCAGCUGGGUCUGUUUAUUUUUCUACAUGUGGACCCUGGUGGUUCCAAUGCUCUUCCCAAAGAGAUUUCAAGCUUAGAAACAUUUCGGCCAUAAUCCAGUAUCACCACUGUCUGGUUACAACUACUGUGUGUGUGAGAGAGCGAGUGAGUUUUUAUGUUUUUUUAUUAAGUUAAAGGCUUUUGAAUUCUCAAAGGCUGCUUAUGUUCUACAUCUUUAGAUUUGUUUUCAUGGAGAUUUGUUACAGAAAUCAUGUUGCGGUUGCUCCCAUAGUGAGGUAGGCCUCUCAUUUCUUUUCCACAAAACCACAUGAAGGUGUUGCAAACAAAGCAUUGCUCAGGCUCACACGUCACCUGUAAGUGUCUUGCUUUUUACACUUUUCUUUUGGUAGCCGAAGAAUUCUAUGCAAAUCCAAAAAAAAACAUCCGUGAUUUUGUUUGUCGACCUUUUUAUGAAAUGUGUUUUAUAGUUGAUGUAUUUCACUACGAGGGUGUUUCUCUAAAGUAACAAGACAUCUCAUUUGAGUAAAUGUUAGUAUUUAUUUAAUAUAAAUAACUGGUCUGGUUAUAGUAGGAUCAUGGUUGCACUCGUGAUAAAAACCAGCUGAAAAACGAAUGUGCUAGAGGUUAUUCCUGUAUAUAUAUAUGUGAAUAAAUGUACUCAUGAGAGGAUUUGAUACCGUUUUUGUUUAGUUUUUUUGAAGCACCCUCUUAGGUUUCUUAUAAGACUGCACCAAAACAAUAUUUCCAAAUAAGUCAGCAACAUUCCUAAAUGUUCCUAUCUUUCGGCUUCUCAGGUAGUGAUGAAUGCUACUUACUAGGAUCUUCCCAUUCUAGCAUUCCAAGGAAAGCAUACGACUGCCAUUCCCUGUAAAUGUUUUUACAAAGAUCUGAAAUGGACAGGCGAACAUUUAAACAGAAACUGCCAUACAAGUUGUUAGCAGACUGUAGAGCUCACAGCAAUGAUGGAAGUAUAGAUCUUUUUUCUUUUUCACAUUUUGUUACUAUUUUAAUGGUGCUUAAAGCCCAAAGUAUACUUUUUUCAUCUCUAUCUUUUUGUUUUUGUAUGUGUACAUGCAGUUUCAGGAUGCAUCUGGCUUGAAGCCCAAAUUGAAAAUGACAC